UCAAGAUUUGAUAGAGAGAGAUAGAGAGAGAGUUGUGAAUCUGAUACGAUUCUUUGAAGAAAUCAAGUGAGAACUCCCGAAUUGUCCAUCGGAGAAUCAUCGUCGGCGACGAUGAAGAGAAAGAGGCCGGGAGCGAGUUUCGAUAAGGUCGACCUAUGGAAAAGAGAGUCCGGCGAACUCUCUCCAAUUAACUUUUUCCGCCGUGUUCGAGCAUCAGAGGAUCUGAUACUGAAACUAGAUAAAUUCAGGACGCUGAAAAAACACAGAGGCUGCGUUAAUACGAUUAGCUUCAAUGAAAAUGGUAACAUUCUUGUGUCAGGAUCUGAUGACAGGAAAGUUAUACUUUGGGAUUGGGAAACAGGGAAAGUGAAUCUUUCUUUCCAUUCUGGGCAUUUGAACAAUGUAUUUCAAGCUAAAUUUAUGCCUUACAGUGAUGACCGCAGUAUUGUUACCUGUGCUGCUGAUGGACAGGUAAGACAUUCUCUGAUUCAAGAAGGUGGGUCGGUAGGGAUUAAUUUGCUGGGAAAACAUCGUGGCCAAGCUCAUAAGUUGGCUAUUGAGCCUGGAAGCCCUAAUACAUUUUAUACAUGUGGUGAGGAUGGACUUGUCCUACAUUUUGACCUGAGAACUGGAUAUGACACUAAGUUAUUUACCUGCAAAGAACGUAGCAGAGGUGGUCGCAUCCGAACUGUUUCUCUGAAUUCGAUAGCAAUAGAUCCAAGGAAUCCUAGUUUGUUUGCUGUUGCAGGCUCAGAUGAGUAUGCUAGAUUGUAUGAUAUUCGCCAGUAUAAGUGGGAUGGAUCAUCAGAUUUUGGUCAGCCAAUUAACUACUUUUCUUCUAAUCAUUCAAGUGAUGAAAAGUCAAUAACAGGGUUGGCUUUUUCUGAGGAAAGUGAGCUUCUUGUUUCUUAUAACAACGAUUUCAUUUAUUUAUUCAAGAGAGAUAUGGGAUGGGGGGCAAGGCCUCCUCUGAUAUCUUUGGCUGAGGAGAAAAUUGAGGCCGAUCUUAUGCCACAAUCCUACAAGGGUCAUACAAACACUGAUACAGUGAAGGGUGUAAGUUUCUUAGGUCCUAGAUGUGAAUAUGUAGCUAGUGGUUCAGAUUGUGGUCGGAUUUUUAUAUGGAGAAAGAAGGGCGGGGAACUUAUUCGUGUGAUUGAAGCAGACAGGCUUGUGGUUAAUUGUGUGGAGUCUCAUCCUCAUACAAAUGUUAUUGCUAGUAGUGGCAUCGAAAGUGACAUUAAAAUAUGGACUCCAAGUGCCAUUGAGAAAGCUGUUCUUCCCACUACACUUGAAAAGGUUAUUCAGCCAUUUCGCUUUCAUUUCUUUCCCUAUGAUAUGGAUUUUGGCGAGGAAAGAGAUGAUCAUGUUGAUCACAACGUCGAUGGUCAUUUUGAUGACGACGAAGAUGACGAUGACGACGAUGAUGAAGAUGAUGAUGAUGACAACGAAGAAGAUGAUGACGACGACGAGGAAGAUGAUAACGACGAGGAUGAUGAUGAUGAUAACGACGAAGAUGAUGAUGGCGACGACGACGGUGGUAAAAUUGUUCAUUUAAGAUAGUUCUGAUGGUCACUAUUCUUCAAACAGUUUGAGUGAUGAGAGUUCCAGUGAUUCCACCUCGAAGAUGGUGGCGAUCUAAUCCUAGUACUGAUUGUCAAUAAGUUUCGAGGAAAUUAUCUUUUUUAUUAAGAUUCUGCAGCUAUAUUUUUAAUUAAGGUUCUAUUUUUGCUCACCAUAUAGAUGCAGUUUGUAUAUAAAAAGGAUAUCUCUGCAUAUUUUUCAUUAUUUUUAUUUUUAAUGAUAUCAUCUUUUUUU